AUGCAGCUGCGAGACAAGAAAUUUGUCAAUUAUGUUCAUGAUGUGAAAAUACGAAAGCCAUCUACACCGCCGGCGGUGACGCCUAUUCAGAAACCACCUGUUCUGAAGCGAACCGAAUCGGAUACACCAAAAAAUUCGGCCAAAAAGAUUCCAGUGGUGAAGCGACGUGCAACGAUGGAAGAGGAGACGAAACAUACGAUUAAUACUCGCUCAAAAUCGAAAAAAUCGGAGGAAUUUCAGGCGGCGCCGACGACUCGUUCCAGAACUCGUGCUCUAUCGAUUCGGGCGACCCCGAAGACGAGAUCUAAAAGCGUCGCGGUUCCAGAAUCAUCUUCUAAACUGAAAAUUUUGAAAAAACGAGAACAAGAACCUUCGACUCGCGUCUCUAGAUCUACUCGUUCUCAGAGUCGCUGUCCGGUUCCCGAGCCGCCGACUCUCAAAAGGCGUUCGACGCCAAUGAAAAGUAAUGAAAAGAAACCAUCUGAAAUUGAAGAUGUCGAAUCGGAGGAUUCAUCAGAAUCGGAAAGUGAUUCAGAAUCAUCUUCUGAUGAUGAUAGCCACGUUGAGAGCAAACGACGCAAGCGGGAAUGUGUGGAUUAUCCGGAAUUGACGAUGGGAGAUGAGAGCUUUUAUCCGGAACGCGCUAUACAACCAAUCUGCUCCAGAACUCCCCCAGAAUUCUACGAAAUGGCUUCUCUCUGGUCGAAACUCGCCUCCGAAAUAUCUGAAGAAAUGCUAUGCGACUACAAGUUCUCUCUCCGUGACAUUCUGACAGGACGUGUUUCUUGUCUGAUUCCGAUUAAAACGAUGGUUCCCGACUUACCGGAUGACAUGCUUCCAAUACACGAGAGACUCUAUAAUCUGAUAUGUCAAUCGUCUGGAGCGUAUCCAUUCAAAAACCACGAAGGCACCAAACUCGUCUCGAAGCAUCGUCUUACUGAUGGGAAUCAGAUUGGAGCUCAAAUUAUGCUCGAAUGUCUUCAUUACGGUGUUCUUCCAUUCGAUAUUCCCAAUGAGAUGACUGUUUUGAAUCAAAUUCGGAAUUAUGUUAGGAUCGGAAUCAAGGAUAUGCUGCAAGAAAUAGUCGAUCGACUUCCGGAAGGCCGAAACACGAUCACAGAGGAUGAUAUCAAAGGAAAUCUUGUUUUAAAUCUUUUAUCGUAG